CAUACACAGGCUGGAUGGCGCACUCUCAUUGAGAGCGGAGAGACAGGAGGGAAUGACAGGACUGUCAUCUGUCUAAAGAAAAUUAAAAAUUAAAAAGCACUUCUAGUGUUCCUGAUGUUUUUAACCUUUCGUUUGGCAACACAUCGCAGUUCCUAGACAGAGGUACAUCUCUGAGCCAGUAGAGGAGGAUUUGUCUCACUAAGGAUUAAACCCACAUCUCCAGUAUCUUCAAACAAUUUGAACAAUCACGCCAGUAGGAAGAGUCAAGGAACAAAUCAUCAUGGGGACGCGAGGCCUGCUACUGGCCUGUGUGGCAGUAGCCAUUUUAGUUAAUCUCUCUAGUGCUGGCCUGGUGAAAAGAGUAAUUAGACACAGAAGAGAAUCGCUGUCACCAACCACUGAGAACUUGACCCUCCCAAGUCCUGAUCAGCCUGUGGUUUUUAACCAUGUAUACAACAUCAACGUUCCCUCUGGAUCACUGUGCUCUGUGGACUUGGAUUCACCUGGAACAACACAAUUGAAGCCAAAAUCGGCCAAUCUGCCAUCUGACCAACACAUAGGACACACCACAGACGGAGAGAAUCAGAUUGUUUUUACGCAUAGGAUUAACAUUCCCAAGCAAGCUUGUAGUUGUGAUAACCACAUGCCCGACCUGAAGAAUCUUCUGAAUAGGCUUGAAAUGCUAGAAGCAGAGGUAUCCAGUCUAAGAGAGCAGUGCACCAGUGGAACAAGCUGUUGUGGUGCUCAGGUUACAGCAGGUGAAGUCACAACAAAUCCCUACUGCAGUGGCCGUGGCAACUACAGCACUGAGACCUGCAGCUGUGUGUGUGAGCCCGGUUGGAAGGGAGUCAACUGCUCUGAGCCAGAAUGCCCAAACUUUUGCCAGGAUCAAGGCCGUUGUGAAGACGGCAAGUGUGUCUGCUUCGAGGGCUUUGGCGGUGAGGACUGCAGCAUCGAGCUGUGCCCUGUGGAUUGUGGUGAGAAUGGAGAGUGCAUCGACGGAGCUUGCAUCUGUGCAGAGGGCUUUAUCGGUGAGGACUGCAGUUUGACCAACUGCCUAAACAACUGCCUUGGCAGGGGGCGUUGUGUGGAUGACGAAUGUGUAUGUGAAGAGCCUUGGACGGGCUUUGACUGCUCUGAGCUCAUCUGUCCCAAUGACUGCUUCGACCGUGGCCGCUGUGACAAUGGAACCUGCUAUUGUGAAGAGGGCUUUACUGGGGAGGACUGUGGGGAGCUUACCUGCCCCAAAAACUGCAACCACCAUGGCAGGUGUGUCAAUGGACAGUGCGUCUGCAAUAUUGGCUACAGCGGUGAUGACUGCUCCAAGUUAACCUGCCUCAAUGACUGCAGUCAGAGAGGGCACUGCUUCAACGGGAAGUGCAUAUGUGACCCUGGGUUAGAGGGCGACGACUGCAGCAUUCUUUCCUGCCCUGACAACUGCAAUGACAGGGGACAGUGCGUAAAUGGUGAGUGUAUUUGUGAUGUUGGGUAUGAAGGUGAUGACUGCUCUGAACUUUCUUGCCCCAAUAACUGUCACGAUCGUGGCCGAUGUGUCAAUGGGAAAUGCAUUUGCAAAAUGGGCUUUACUGGAGAAGACUGCAGUAUCAAGACCUGUCCCCAUGACUGCCAUGGACGCGGAGAGUGUGUAGACGGCAAAUGCGUUUGCCAUAAUGGCUUUGCUGGAGAACACUGUGGCAUCAAGACCUGUCCCUAUCACUGCCAUGGACAUGGACAAUGUGUGGACGGCAAGUGUGUUUGCCACCAUGGCUUUGCUGGAGAAGACUGCAGUAUCAAAACCUGUCCCAAUCAUUGCCAUAAGCGUGGACAGUGUGUGGAUGGCAAGUGUGUUUGCCAUGCUGGUUUUACAGGCCACGACUGCAGCGAAUCGACUUGCCCCAGUGACUGCCAUAACCGAGGACGUUGUGUAAAUGGCCAAUGUGUGUGUAACAUCGGAUUCACUGGGGAGGACUGUGGUACAAAGACGUGUCCCAACAACUGCCUGGACCGUGGCUACUGUGAAGAUGGAAAGUGUGUCUGCUUUGAGGGGUACACCGGUGAGGACUGCUCUGUUCUGACAUGCCCAGCAAACUGCAAUGACCAAGGCCAGUGUCUGAAUGGAAUGUGCAUAUGUGAUUUAGGCUUCACUGGCGACGACUGCUCUGAAAUCUCCCCACCCAGAGACCUUACUGUGACUGAGGUCGAUCCAGAAACAGUGGACCUUGCCUGGGUCAAUGAGAUGCUUGUGACGGAGUAUCUUAUCACCUAUGUGCCUACGGCUCCUGGUGGCUUGGAGAUGGAAAUGAAAGUCUCUGGUGAAAAGAAGACAGCCACUAUUAAGGAGCUUGAGCCUGGCAUAGAGUACCUAAUUAGUGUCUUUGCUGUCCUGAACAGUAAGAUGAGUGUUCCUGUCAGUGCCAGAAUAGCCACACAUCUUCCUGAACCCGAGGGUCUGAAAUUCAAAUCGGUUAGAGAGACCUCAGUGGAGGUGGAGUGGGACCCCUUGAACAUCCCGUUUGAUGGCUGGAACCUCAUCUUCAGAAACACAAAAGAAGAGGAUGGAGAGAUUUUGAACUCUCUCACCCCUCCUGAGACCACCUUUGAGCAGUCUGGUCUUGGACCUGGACAAGAGUAUGAAGUCAAGCUUGAGGUCGUAAAGAACAGCAUCCGUGGACCCCCAGCCAGCAAGAACGUUGUCACAAUGAUUGAUGCUCCCAGCCAGGUGGAUGUGCGUGAUGUGACAGACACUACAGCCCUUAUCACCUGGUUUCAGCCUGUCGCUCAGGUGGAUGGCAUCUCUGUGUCCUAUGGCCCAAACACAGAUUCCUCAGACAGGAAAACAAUCAAGCUUUCCUCCAUGGAUACACAGUACCAUCUGGCUGAGCUGUACCCUGACACAGAGUAUGAGGUCUCUCUCAUGGCCCGCAGGGGAGAGAUGACCAGCUUUCCAGUCUAUGAGACCUUCACAACAGACCUUGAUGCCCCCAAGCAGCUCAAGGCAGUUGAACAGACAGAUGAGAGCAUAACUCUGGAGUGGAAAAACAGCAGAGCCAAUGUCCUCAAUUACCGCGUCAAAUACGGCCCACUUUCUGGAGGGGAGCAUGGAGAACUGGUCUUCCCCAGUGGCCCGCAAGACACCACUCAGGCUAAAAUCACUGGCCUUAGGCCCGGGACGGAGUAUGGAAUGGGAGUGACGUCAAUCAAGGAAGAGCGUGAGAGUUUGCCUGCGACGACCAAUGCUGUGACUGAUCUUGAUGCUCCCAAAGACCUUGAAGUAAGUGAGACCACAGAGACCACAUUGGCACUGGUUUGGAGGAGGCCGGUGGCCAAAAUCGACACCUACGAGCUGGUGUUCACAUCUGCGGAUGGCACAGAAACUGAAUUGGAAGUACCUGGUGCUGCCAAUACCUACAUACUGACUGACCUGAAUGCCGGCAUGCUGUACACCAUUAGCCUGACUGCCAAGAAAGGAAGAAAGAUGAGUGCGCCAGCCACUCUGUCAGCAUCCACAGAAGCUGAACCUGAAGUGGAGCAUCUUUCGGUCUCGGACAUCACCCUGCGCAGCUUUAAACUGACAUGGACAGCACCAGAAGGCAUCUUUGAUACAUUCACUCUCAAAGUCGUCGAUUCUAACAGACUAGGACAACCUCUCCAGAUCAGUGUAUCUGGAGACAAGCGAACAGAAGCGGUGACAGGUCUCAAUGAAGAUACAGAGUAUGAAAUCGAGCUCUUUGGGAUCAUUUUGGGACGGAAAUUCCAGCCCAUUGUGGCUGUAGCUCGAACAGGUCUGGGAACACCCAAGGGGAUACGCUUUUCUGAUGUGACAGAUACAUCAGCUACUGUUCACUGGACUUUGCCCCUUACCCGAGUAGACAGUUACAGGGUCACCUACGUGCCCGUUCAGGGUGGAAGCCCUGUGACACUGAGAGUAGAUGGAGGAGAGUCUCAAGCCAUGCUGCCCAGUCUGACCCCUGGAGUAACUUACCAGGUCACUGUCAUCGCUGUGAAGGGCUUGGAGGAGAGUGAACCAGGAUCUGAUAGAGUCACAACAGCCCUGGAUAAGCCACGAGGUCUGACAGCAGUCAACAUCACUGACACUGAAGCUCUGCUGCUGUGGCAGCCGUCCAUCGCUACUGUGGAUGGAUAUGUCAUCACUUACAGCGCAGACAGUGUGGCUCCAGUGAUGGAACGGGUAUCUGGGAACACUGUGGAGUUUGAGAUGAGCUCACUCACACCUGCCACCUUAUACACCGUUAAAGUCUAUGCUGUCAGAGAAGCAGCCAAGAGCGCUGCAACCACCACAGAGUUCACCACAGAUGUUGAUGCCCCUCAGAAUCUGGCUGCCAGUAAUAUUCAAACAGAGAGUGCCAUGUUGACAUGGAAGCCACCAAGAGCAGACAUCAGCGGGUAUAUUCUCAGCUUUGAGUCCACUGAUGGCAUUGUCAAGGAGGUCGUCCUCAGCUCCACAGCAACAUUUUACAGUAUGUCUUCGCUGACUUCCUCCACGGUGUACACAGUCAAACUGCAGGCCAUCGCUGGGCCAAAGAGAAGCAGAAUCAUCUCUACAGUCUUCACCACCAUCGGAGCAUCCUACAAGCAUCCUAAAGACUGCUCGCAGACUCUGUUAAAUGGAGAAACAACCUCAGGCCUGUACACUAUUUUCCUGCGUGGAGAUGAGACUCAGCCUCUGCAGGUCUACUGUGAUAUGACCACUGAUGGAGGUGGCUGGAUUGUUUUUGUGAGACGGCAGAGCGGUAAAGUGGAGUUUUUCAGAAACUGGAAGAACUACACUGCAGGCUUCGGUGACCUGAAUGAUGAAUUCUGGUUGGGUCUCUCUAACCUCCAUAAGAUCACCUCGUCUGGGCAGUAUGAGCUGCGUGUGGACCUCAGAGAUAAGGGCGAGUCUGCGUAUGCGCAGUAUGACAAGUUUUCAGUCUCUGAACCACGCAGUCGCUACAAAGUGCAUGUUGGGGGAUACAGCGGCACUGCAGGUGACUCAAUGACGUAUCACCACGGCCGUCCAUUCUCAACCUAUGAUAAUGACCACGAUAUAGCUGUCACCAACUGUGCUCUGUCUUAUAAGGGAGCUUUCUGGUACAAAAACUGUCAUCGAGUGAAUAUAAUGGGCCGAUACGGAGACAACAGUCAUAGCAAGGGUGUAAACUGGUUCCACUGGAAGGGUCAUGAGCAUUCCAUCGAGUUUGCAGAGAUGAAGAUCAGACCCGCCAACUUCAGGAAUUUUGAGGGAAGGAGAAAGCGAUCAUAAACCAGUGCACUCCGGCUUGAACCAAUCAACCCUCCUCUGCUGACCAUUUGCCCCUUGUUUCUCCUGCAUCAUCUCAUCCCCUUCAUCUACCAAAGCCACUGCCAGGAGCCCAGCCUGCUCUUUACACUCUCCUAUUCAUGGAGAACAAGUACAAAAAAAUGUUUUCACCCCC